AUGGGGCUUUCUUUUAGGAGAUUUCUCUUUUUCUGGGAACAGAGAAACAGCUCAAAGAAAGGAGAAAGCCGACCUCUCAUUACAAAGGGAGAUAUAAAACCGGAGAGGUUGUCACACGUCUCUUAUGCGGCAACUGAUGACAGUUCAGGAAGUCAAAGCAGCUCGAGUUCAUCUUACCAUCAGGAUCUAACCAGAGCUGUGUCAUGGACUGGAACCAGUUCAGGACCACCCGGUCCAUCCAGCUGGAGCGACUACAUUCUAAAGUACCUUCUCAUCACCAGCAACCUUCUCUUCACCGUCCUGGGCAUAGUGACCCUCAUAAUGGGACUCUGGGGUCUCAUCCAUAAAGAAUCUUUUGCUCAAGAGAAGAUCGGCGGAAUUGGGACAGACCCCAUGCUCCUCUUCCUAUUCCUCGGUUUUGUCCUAACCUUACUGAGCCUUACGGGAUGCGUAGGGGCUCUACGGGAAAACCGCUGUCUGCUUCGCACCUUCUCUGGGGCUCUGCUGCUCUUGGUGGUGGUGCAGGUGUUGGCUGUGAUCGUAGCGUAUACCCUGCAGGGUCAGAUCGUGGAUUACCUGCGCUCGGGGAUGCUGACCGCCAUGGCACGGUAUCAGGACGACCUGGACCUGAGGUUCAUCACUGAUGAGAUCCAGACGGGCCUGCAGUGCUGCGGGGCGGACACGUACAGAGACUGGGAAAUGAAUGUGUACUUUAACUGUUCGGCUCCGGGGGUCCAGGCCUGCGGCGUGCCCCCCUCCUGUUGUGUAGAUCCCCUGGAGAACGGGACGGUGUGGAACUCUCAAUGUGGAGUCGGUGCCCAGCGGCUGGACGAGUUCUCAGCCCAGAGCGUGAUCUUCCUGGGCGGCUGUUUGGGCGGCAUGUCCCGCUGGAUAGAGCAAAACACUAGAGCGAUCGGGACGGUAGCCGUAAUUCUGCUGGGAGUGCAAAUAAUAACUCUGUUUAUAACAGAACGUCUGCUGCAGAGGAUCCAGCGGGGCAGAGUUUGGCAUUACAUGAACUCAUAAUAACUGCAGUUAAAGUGUUUUUUAAUAACACAAUGUUGUGCCAGAGUUAUUCCAAAUCAGCUUGGAGUCAUGAUGUUUAACAUCUGAAGAUGCUGAACUGAUGAUAAACUGGGCAGUUUAGCAAUUUUAUGAUAGCAUGCUCAAAUAGCAUGUGUUACAAGGUUUCUGCUUGUUAUUGUUGG